AUGGGUCGCCCUAAUGCCGAUUCUCCCUUUCCCCCUACGUGUCUGGCGACGCCCGACGAAGCCAAACGCUUUGAACAGGCCGGAGAUGGGGCACACUGCUGUGACCUGGCCACAUUCCGCAUCAACAUCAAUACGGGCGCCCAUAACCGAUGGAACAGGUCUGCUGCGCGCGUGUUCGUCCGCGGAUUCUUGCAAACGGGAGAGUUCGAAUGCGAGGACGGUAAGAAGAUCUACGAGGCGUUCAUGACCCACGUCCGGACACUUCGCAAGAAGUACCGCGAGAUCGGAAUGUCCAAAACCACUGCGAAGAGCAAGAAGAAGGACGCGAAUCGUUACCAGCGCAAAGUGACGGUAAGAUUGACAGUCAGCUACUAUCGGCGACGUCGUGUGACCUCGAAGCACGCACAUCUCAAACCCCAUCUUCCUAUGCUCGAGAGCCUCGGGAUCGAUGGGAUGAGCUCUGACGAAUCGGACGAGGAAGACGGUGUCAAGCAGUACCGCAUUCGCAAGAAGUCCUGGCGGGCAGAGCCUUUGACGUCCUGGUUGAGGGGUAUGGAUGCUGUCGACGCUAUCACGAACGUAAACACUCGGGGCAACAAGCCGCGCAGGCGAGUACAAAGCAAUCAGGUUGACGAUUCACGCCCGCCGGUGCGUAACCUGCCGAAGAGUGCGUACGACCCGGUAUGGUAUGCUCGACUGGGUGACUUUGCGCGCGAGGAUCUACAGGCCACCGAUGAAGAUUAUCAGUUUUACCACCACGACAGCGUAUGGCGGUGA